AUGCUAUUGGACCUGAGCCAGGUGUUUGCCCGGGGGCAGGACGAGGAGCACGGCGGGCUGACCCCCGGCUUUUUGGAGGGUGUGAGGCACCAGCGCCUGGUCCGCGGCCGCGCCCCGCGCCACCGCGGCGUGUGCCUCGGCCGCGUGUCGCGCGUCACGCGGCGCGGGGGGGUGGUCGUCGAGCUCCUGGCGCCCGUCAAGCCCGGGGACGGCAUCGUGUUUGACCAGGGCGCGCCAGAGGCGGAGGAGGAGGGCGGCAGCGUGUACGAGAUUUACGCGGCAGCUCUCGAGGCGGGGCCCGGGGCCGCUGAAAGAGGCGACGGCCCGCAGCGGCGGCAGCAGGGGCAGCGGCAGCAGCAGCAGCAGCGGGGGCGCGAGGGGGCGCGGCAGCGCGACGGCGGAUGGGUCGGCGGCGGCGGCGGGGGGCCGCGGCUGCAGGGGGAGGUGGGUGAUCUGAUCUGGCGCACCAAGGACCCGUCCCUCGAGGGCCGCGUGCGCGCCUCCUACGAGUCCGUGCCCGCCGCGGCCGCCCGGAAGCUGCCCGUGCGCGUGGAAGUCGCCGGGAAGCUGGGGGCGCCGCUGGUGCUGACGCUGGUGGAUGAGGAGGGGCGGCGGGCGGCGGCUGAGACCGAGGUCCCGCUUCAAGCCGCCUCCAGCCGCCCGAUGACGUCAGAUGACGUCAUCGCCGCCGUGGGCCAGCUGGGGGACAACACUCUUGGGCCGCAGUCCGUCGAUCUGUCCGGGCUCGAUCUGGCCGCAGGCCUGUUCCUGCCCGCCAGCGCCUUCAAGGCCGUCCGCCGCGCCGCAGCAGAGGCGUUUUUGGAGGCGGUGGCCGCCCACCCCUACGCAGAGGGGCUGGCGGCGGGGCCGGUGCUGCCCGCCAUGCUCGCAGAGGCGCGGCAGGCGGGCGCUGGCGGGACGCCGUGGCGUGUCCAGCAGCAGCAGCAGCAGCAGCAGCAGCAGCAGCAGCAGCAGCAGCAGCAGGUGGCGGCGGCGCUGCAGGUGGAGUGGCUGGAGGAGGUCAUCCUGGAUUUCCUUGAGGUCCACGGGCUCAAGGAGGCGGUCGCAUCAGUCCAGGCCUCUGGCCGCCGCGCCGUCGUCGCCAUGCCGCGCGUGCUGAAGCCCGACGAGCAGCGCCUGCUGGGCUUCUACCUGCGGCUGGGGGCGGACGGCCUGCUGCUGCGCGGCGCGGGCGCGCUGCAGCAGCUUGCAGAGAUGGGCGGCGAGGGGGCGGGGGUCGCGGCCGGGCGGCGGGGCGCGGGCCAAGUCGCCGCCGCGGCGGCGGCUGCAGUUGCGGCCGCCGCGGCCGACGAGGCGCAGCAGCAGCAGCAGCAGAGGCAGCAGCAGGAUGAUCAGGGGGAGCAGCAGGAGGGCGCGGCGGCGCCGGCGCUGGCGCCCCUGCGCGUGCCGCGCUUGGAGGGCGACUUCAGCCUCAACGCGGCAAACGCGCUGUCCGCACACCUCCUCUUGUCAUCGGGCCUUUCAAGGCUCGCCCUCACGUUCGACCUCGACGCGGAGCAGCACGCGAAGCUCGCGGAGGCACUCGGGCACGAGAAGGCCUCGCAAUUGGAAGCGAUCGUCCACACGCACGUCCCGAUCUUCCACACCGAGCACUGCGUUUUUGCGAGGUUCUUGUCGGAGGGCAACUCGUUCAUGGACUGCGGCCACCCUUGCGAGAGCGGAUGA